UUUAUAGAGAUGAAAAAUAUCACGAAAAUAGCAACAAAAAUAAGUAAUCGAGUUUAAUUGAAAUAAGGAUUUAAAAUAGGCUUGGAAGAAUUUCUCCAAUUCUAUUAUCACCAUGACAGCUGGGUCGGUGUCAGUGCCAACAGUUGUACCGUUGAGGCCACCAGCUGGAAAGAAUAAGCUUUGUGUGGACACUGAGACUUUUAUUGAACUCAAGUCAGAGACUCCUGGUUCCACAAUAUUCUACACUGUGAAUGGGACUAAACCGAAUCCAUUUGAAGGCAUUGGCGACGUUAGAUGCACGUUUAAGUACAGUAAACCUUUUAAGCUACAUCCAGGAAAAGUUGGGAUAAAGGCUGUAGCACUUGCAAGUAGUGAUGGAGUAAGAGAAAGUGCAGUGGUUACCAAGGCAUUUCAAGUGGAUCCUGGCCUGAACAACCAAAGUUCAUCCAGAGCUAGAAGUGCAGAUGUCGUUGGACACACACAUAGCAACAAACCUUUAGCACGAGACCAGCACAGAUUUGAAGCAUGGUCAGCUGUGGAAAGAAUAAUGGCAGACCUAAACAUUGCUGCGAGUGAACACCGUCUGCUGCCCACAGCAACACGGUUUCUGAACCACAGACUCGGGGGAGGAGAUGGAAGCAGAGUGCCAACGAAACCAAUGGCUGUCCCACCGGAAGUCAAGCCCAGAGCCUAUAGAUUACCUGAUGGUGCCACACAAGCGACGCGUUUGCAGAAAGAGCAAGACUUUUUAAGGUGUAGCCGCUGCUUUGCAUCAAGGCCAACUGAUCCGCAUGCAAAGUUCUGUGGCGAGUGUGGCGCCCCACUACCAGUUGUUCCCGUGGAAAGGCUGCCUGACCCUGAUCCAGAACAGAUGGGUAUGUGUGUGCAAUGCAACUCUAUGGUUCCCCUGAACACAACGACUUGUGUUAUAUGUGAAGCACCACUGUCUCCACGCCAGAAAGCACAGGCUAGAAGCAUGAAGGAAAAGCUCAUUUGUUCAAUGUGUAAUACACCAAAUCCUCCUUACUUCACAUCAUGCGUGAUCUGUGAAUCAAAGUUGGACCCGAAAAAAAUUGAGAGAGUUCGCGCAGCAGUUGCUGCACCGCCUCAGCCUCAACACCAGCAUGAAACUCAAUUCCUGAGCUGUGUUACAUGUGGCCGGCAGAACAGCGAGGAUGCUCGAUUCUGCGACUGGUGCGGAGCCAAGCCUACACACGCGGCCAGCAUGACUCUGGCGUGUGGCAGGUGUGGAGCUGUGAGCAAUAUGUAUGCCAAGUUCUGCCAUGGUUGUGGCUCAGUCAUCGAACCCCCUGGUAAACCUUUACCAGUUCCCGUUACUGUCACAAAGGACAAAAGCACGGAGUCCACACAAACGACACCACUCAGGUCAGUGUCCUGGACACCAAGCACGGUAAUGACGCAGACGGCACCCGGAGCAACCACGGCAACGAGUAGCACGCAGACAGUGGGCCUCUUCUAUCCGUCGCAGGCUCACAUCGACAAGACUCUGCAGGAGAAGCAGACACGUCUUGCCGUGGAGCGCGCCAUGCGCGAUAAGCACCCUCCUCUUACCGCCAUAAGUCCUGGCCGAGGAUAUUGGAGACAACAAAUGGACCACAUCACUAGUCAUCUGAAGGCUCACGCACAGAAUAACGCUGAGUUUAGAGCUCUCGUUGCUGAGCCAAAGAUUGGAAAGCUGCUCAUGGCUACAGUAGAAGAGGACCUGUAUGAACUCACGAUGACGGUGACGUAUGCUCUGAAAAGCAACUCGGAAUCUCACAGUAAGAACGCACAGAUGCUGACCGCAAACCAUACAGGCAAUUUCCUUAGUACAUUGAUGGACGACACCGAAAGCGUUGUGAUGGGUUCUGCAGCCAGCAUUGGUAGCGCUGGAUCAACAGUCAGAAGCAAGAGCUCACAGCGAUCAAAAAGAACGGUCAGCAGCCGGGCUAGCAGUAACCUCAGCUACAGAGGCAAGCGCUCCAAGCGGAAGACAAGGACCCUUACCGUGGAACAGAAGCUUGGUGCAGUGGACAAGAGCCUGUUAAAAGAAGUUGGUGAUGAAGGAGAGGGAGCAGCGGAUCAGGUGGAGGAGCUUCUCUAUCUGGGAGCCGACGCAAACCUUGUCAACAAUGACGGCGAUCCAGUGCUGAAUUUAGCUGUGAGGAGUAGACAUACAGACGCUGCAGCACUGCUCAUAGAUGCCGCAGCAAAGCUAGACACCAAGGGCAGUAAAGGGAACACAGCAUUGCAUGAAGCUGUGCUGCUAGGGGCUGCAGGAAAGGAGAUGCUAGAGAUGUUAUUAGAGAAAGGCGCAAACAAGAUGGUGAAAAAUGACAAGGGUGAAACGCCGUACGACAUAUCUGUUCGGAUGGGAGUCGAGUGUACCAUCACUGCACUAGCUUCUAGCAUAGGACAGAGCUUGCUGGAUAGCCUUGUGAAACCCGGACCCUAGUGUGCUGAUGCGUUGGCAUUGCCGGCUAGUCCUCGCAGGUUGAGAAGGUACUACUGUAUACGCUGUAUAUUUCGCGGUGGUUUAAUUUUCGCGAACGCGUCCCCGACCGCGAAAAUAACAACACG